AUGUCUGAUUCUACCCGCUCCAGCAAUGACUCUGAUAGAGAAGAACGGUACCAGUUUGACUCAACGCCCGAGCCCUCACCGCCGGUUUCUACCAGAGUAAACAUUGAAGACUCAGAUGAAGAAAUUAAAGACCAUGUGCCUCUGAGAGUGACACCCUCUCCUGGUGUGCGCCUGAAGUAUGCCAUCAACUCCCCACGGCCUGGUGAAGUCUUGCCCUGUCGUGGAAAGAAAGUGGUGUCUAAGCCCAAGGCAGAGAAGAAGGAGAAGGUGAAGAAGUUCAAGGACGUGCCUGCUCCCACUGCUGAAGAAAUCCUUGUCUUCUAUUCUUCAGAAGAAGAUGUGAAAGAGGAGACUAGAAUAAAGAGAAAGCACCGUCUCCAGCACAUUAUCCGCAAGCACUCUCGUGUGUUGGCCGCUGAGAUUCGGAGAAGAACAAAGGAAGCGGAGAGUGCCAACCUGUAUUUGCCGGCUCCCAAGCUGAGAAACUUCAAGAUUGCCCGCAAGGAAGGCGGACCUCACCGUGAUGAAUUCAACAGAAGAGCUCUGCAGAUCAUCAGAGAUAUCAACUACGUUGACCUCUCAAAGAAGCCCAAGUCCAAGAAGGCUUCAGACACUGAAGACAGCGAUGUAGCAUCCAGGAUCGGAAGUUCUUCACUGCCUCCUCUUGCGCCUCACAACAAGCCCAGUGAAGACUCCAAGGGCAAGGCCAAGGUGCCUGAGAAGAGGAAAGCCGCUGAAGAUGCAGAGAAACAGUUCAAGAAGAAUCUGAAGAAAGCUAGGAAAGCAUCUGCUGAUGGACCCGGUUCCUCAUCCAAGGAUGCUGCUGCUGCCGCCAUGGCCUCUGGAGAAGUUCCUUAUCCUCCUCAAGUUGUUCACAUUGAUCCAGUUCUGCUUGCUGCUUUCAAUGAAGGAACGCUCCCGGAUUCCCUCAUGAGUUAUGUUGAAGGCCUGAUUGUUGCCAAGACUCGGGCUGAAGAAUGGGAGCAGAACCGCAGUUUGCGUGUUGCCAGGCGGUUAGAAGAAGAAGACCGUGCUGAGAAGAAACGUGUUGAGAAGGAGAAGGCAAAAGCUGCCUUGAAGGAGAAAAAAGCUGCUGAAUUGCAGAAGAAGGCUGAGAAGGAAACCGAAGAGAAGAAAAGGGCUGACCUCAUUGCCCUGAAGAAAGAAAAAGAACUUCCGUUGAAAACUCUAGCUGAGCUUGAGAAGAAGAAGAAAGCUCUGCUCGCUGAACAGAUGAAACAAGUAGCCGAAAGCCUGAAGGCUGAUAAGACUAAGAGUGAAGCAAGGAAGAAAGCCGCCGAGAAAACGCCUGAAGUAGAAGGCGAAAAUGAAGAAGUUGAUCGGGAGAAGACAGAAUAUGAGAAGACCAGGGAUGCAGCUCGUGAGACCCGUCGUGAGAUCGCUGAAGUGAAGAAGACUGCCAAGGAGUUUGGUUUGAAGAUCAAAGUUCCUGCCGGAAGAAGUUCCUCCACUUCAUCAUCUGCGACAGUUCCUCUAAAGAAAGCUAUUGACACACUUGUGCCAGAUACAUCAACAGUCAAGCUUACUUCACUUGCUGAGGAACAGGAACAAGCUGCUUCAUCCCCCACGGUACUGUCUGAGCACACCGCUCAACAGGAAGAAGGAGAUGAGGUGCUGGGGAAGAACCAAGAAGACAUCAUCCGUCCUGAGGAACCCCCACCAGCAGCUCGUUGCCUCGCACUUCAUCAGUGGAUGUCUCUGCUGAAGAAGGAAGAACCUGUGACUUCGAAGUUGAAGCCACUCAUGAUUUGCAUGCCAAUGACGUAG